AUAACUGAAAACAAGUACAGCACUUGUUAUGUUGCGAAGGUUAUAUCGAUAUUCGUAAAAAUGGGUCGCAGAAUACGAUCGACAACAGAACGCUAGUGUUCCUUGAUAUAUUAGUCUAAUGUCCAACAUUGAGUUUCAGGAUACUACGUUGAAUCGUUGUAAUUUUAUUAGUAGUCGAAUACAAUUUGUGCAUCGAUCAGUGAGCAGUGCGGCAAUUUUUGCGUGUGUAUCGUACCUGGAAACGAUCGUGAGCAAGACGGUAGAGGGGUUACGUCCGUAUGUUAUACCCAUGUUGGUCGUUUCGAAGCGUGGUUACAUUGUUGACUUUCUAUCGUAAAGUCAGGAAUCGUUGCUGCCUCUACGUUCGCGUGUAGUAACGAGGAAACGGAGCAGAACAACGGAAUUAGUCCCGUAACAAUUCACCUGGUUUUUUCACUCGUCGGAGAAUGUUGCAUUGACAAUCGAUUGACAAUCGAUCGACAAGCGAUCAGUCGAAUGUCGAUCGAUGCUAACCUAGGAUUUUAUCGCGGCAUAUCUCGCAGGGACUCUUUAUUUUCAAAUUAUUUCGAAUUGAGUCGAUCGUGCGAACGUGCAUGUGUAGUGCGACGAAUUGUGUAUUGGCUACGAUUUAUGGAAGUAUUCGAGAGCAAUAUACUCGUCGGGAGAUUACGUCCGUGAGUGUGAUCACAGCUGAUCGUUCCUGAUAGUGAGUGACUUUACUGAUCGGCGAGAGAACCUGUUUAGAUUCCAACGUGUCGUGCACGAGUCGAGGCGAGGAAAAAGUGAACUUCUACGCGGUCUUUAUUUUUGCACACGUCGUGUAAUUUAUUUACAAUAUUCGAAGGUGAGCGGUAUGACUCACGUUAUUCAACUGUUUUCGAAAUUUUAAAUCAGCGUGAUAUUCGCACAACGCACAUUCGAAUAUUUCUAACUUGAAGAUAAGCUACCUUAGUUAUCAAAGCUUUUAAUCGUAUAGGAAGAAGCAGUUAAAGAUCCCACUUUAUAUUUUAUAUACUUUGUCGAGGAGUCGAUACAUUUUCAAUUACCUGCAUACCAUACGCCAACGAUUUUCUUUGAUAAAAAAUGAAGAUUGAGCAAGCUUCGAUGACAUCGCUUUUUCAGUGAGAUUUUAGAUAUGUAUAUACUACGUAUUAAUGUCAAUCAUCCGCGACACAAGCAUCGCGUGGUACGCGACAUUCAAACUACGUUACUUCUAUUGGAUUUUCCGUGUUGAUUAAUGUGUAUACCCGCAUUUUGUGCAUUACAAAUGACUGUGACGUUGAGACGAUCGGCCACCUGGUUUCGCGAGUGUCAUCAUUACGAACAACAAUAAAAGUCACGCGUUGGCCUGACACGUGACAUUCGAUCGACAAUUGGCGGGCGUGUAACGACUCGCUACCACGAUGCUACCGAAAAAAGACGGCCAUCCUGAGCCGUACGCUCUGGAGGAUAUGAUAUCCGAUCUUCAAGCGCGACGAAAUUCCCUAGAUCAGGAGGACCUCGAGGAUCCGGUAGAGCUUCUAAAAAAACGCGAUAAAGACCUUGUAUUAGCCGCAGAAUUGGGAAAAGCGCUUUUAGAAAGGAACCAGGAAUUAACCAGACAGAGUGAAGCACUCACUGAGGAGUACUCUUCAAAAUUAGAGAGUCUGGAACAAGAGAGGCACCUGCUUCGUCGACGGUUAGAGGAAGCCAGGAGCGAGAACGAAGCGAGAACCUUGGAGCUGCAGGCGGACGUGGAGACAUUGAGGAGUCAGCUAGAAGAACAAAAUGAACGAGCUAGAAGAGCGGAACGGGACCAGGCGACGCUUGUCGCGGAGCUCACCGCGCAAAAUACGAGGCUGGCCGAUCAGCUGAGAGAAGCCGCGAAGCAGGAAGAGCAAUUGCUCAUCGAGGUCAAGGUGCUCAGGGAAAAGUGUGCCCUCAGAAGUACCACGCUCCAGGAUCACGUCAGUAGCUUGGAGGUUCUCAGGGACGAGGUGCAGUUGGUGUCCGCACAAAGAACAGAAUUAGAGAGGAGGUCCUUGGAGCUGAGGGAAGAGAGGGCGAGAGCAAUGGCGGCUCUUGAAGAAGCCGAGGAUAGAGCCGCGGCCUUGGAACGGCUCGGUCACGAGGCGGAACACCGAGCAAAACUAGCUGAACGUGAGAGGGACGAGCUGGCGGCGACAUUGGCAACUAUCGAGGCGGAAAGGAGAGGCAGAUCCGGCUCGAUACAGAAACCACCGAGGUCCCUGCAGGCGGAGAUGGAGUGCGAGGAGAGCGGAAGCUCGCUGGGUGAUCAGGAGGAUUUGCGUGCAGAGGUGGCGAGGGCGGUGAAGCGAUUGAAGGAGCUGUGCGUCCAUUUGAGACGAGGGGAGGACGACUCCGGUUUGCAGAGUGACUGCGACGAGUCUAUGCUCGUGAUCGUGAACAACACCACGGAAACGGAGGAGGCGGAUACCAAUGGACAGGAGACUCUUGCUAGUUCGGCCAAUUGUCCCGGUGCUUUGUUGGACUUGGUGGAGGAGGUAUACAACUUGGCUCUUUCCGGAAGAGGGGCACCAGGAGAGCUCGGUUUAGCCGUGGAACUUCACAGGGUGCGCGAAGAGCUGGAGAACCUGAAGGACCAACACAAGCAAACGCAAGAGGAAUUAAAGAGGCGCGGAGAGGCUUUGCUCGAUACGACGAGCAAACUGAGUGUGAGCGAGGCCGAACUGCGCGGGGUUAAAGAGGAACGCGAUAGAGCUCGGGACGAUAUGGAACAUUCGCAGUUAACGAAGGACGAGAUUUUGGCUCAGGCUUACAAAGUUCGAGACCAAGCUGUGGCUAGGAAAAACAGGGCGGAAGUGCAACUGGCCAAAACGAGGAUAGACGUUCUUCAGGCUGACAGCCAGCUGAUGGAGGCUAUUCGACAGAAGGUCGAACUUAGUCAACAGCUGGAACAAUGGCAAAUGGAUGUGCAGUUACUUCUGGAUGAACAUGUUCGAAGCAAACUGAUGCCUGUAACGAACUCUAUCACCGCCGCGAACUCUGAGAAUUCAGAAAUCGUGGCUCCGGCUAGGAAAAAGCGGAGCACCUCGUCGAGAAAGGUGUUCGGUCUGUUUUGACGAAAAUGACUUUUCGCGUAGACUUCGCGUUGCGCGAAAUGAAAGCCAAGAGACACCGGUGCACGGUGAGAGAAAAAGACUGCGCUCGAAGAAAGGUUUUUUACUUUUCGUUGUGCGGCCAGCGUAUCAGGGACCACUCGCCCGCUCAUCUACCCGUCACGUUUGGAGACAGACUGCUAACUCGAACCUUGAGCAGCAAACACGCCAUAGAAGGCGCUUCGCGUACGUCGUUUUUUACGACAAUUUGUAUAGUUGUUAAGUUUACAGGGCAGCUCGUUUUUUACUAGCAAGAUCAGGAAAUCGAGUCUCGAUCAUGGGACGUUUAUCUUGCUUGGAGUAGAUUUUCUGGCGUGGCUAGGUUUUUCCUAAACGUUCUUGACAAUAGAUUCAUCACUGCUAUUAUUAUUAUUAUUUUCUUCUUUUUUUAAUGUCGAACAGUAUAUCACAGUUACGUGUUCGAAUGCAAGACAACGAAAGAAAGUUUCUUCUUUUCAGAUGUCUAUGUGAUUCAUCGAGAAAAGAAGGAAAGUGUCAAUCGGCAGACUUAAGCGAUUACUUGGUAUACAGUGAAGCGCGAACGUUUCUUUUCCCUCCGGGCGAAUAUCUCGUCAUUCCCAUAAUCAUGGAACAACUCGUUACCGAACGAUCUCUAGCGGCGUCUACUCGUAAAGAUCUCCGGACUCGCGGUACAAACUUAUCAUUAUUCUGAGCGAUGCGUUUAAGCGAAACUAUAGCCAGCUCCCUCGUUCUCCUUUCUCUUUAUUGGACGAAAUGCGACGAGGCGACCUAAAGAGGAUCGAUCUUUUUCAACCCGUGGCUGUAAAUAUAUUAUAUGAAACGUUUCUGAUAACGUAAGACAAAUGAGUUUUACGUUGACUUUUACGAGAGCGAAAUUUCUUUUGGACGUUGAUUGCGAUGAUACGGAUUUAUGUAAUAUACAUUAUCGUUAUUACGAUAAAUUUUAACUGAAUUUAUGGCGCUAUCGUCGUUACAUUAGUGACAAGAAUACCUUAUAGGAACAAAAAUUAAAUCAAAUAGGGAAGGAGAAAUAAAAAAUUAAAUCCAAAAGUUAGGAGAGGAUUUUAAUGGCUUAUAUUUAUGCUAUUUUUUAAAUGUUCAUUAACCGUUUGAGUCUCAGGGGUUAUUGAAAAAAAAGAAAACUCUCGAACAGUGCGAUAGCAGUUGUUUUAAUCGAUUGCGAAGAGAACCAAACGGCACGAUAGCGCUCGUCAUAUUUGUUACUUUAUGAAUUAUCUCUAUAUUAUUAUAUAUGCGUGUUAUUAGUUUAUAAACAUUCCAAGUAUUGUUCCAUGAAAAUUAUUAAGAAGAUAACAAUGAAAUACAAAAUAUCGUCAAUCGUCCGUAGCGUCCAAAUGUACUGGGACUUUUGACAUAAAAUCUAAACAGUGUGAUCGCGCUGCUUGAGACUCAAACGGUUAAUAACGUCCGUCCGUCCAUCUGUCCAAAUGGAUCAGGAAAUUAAGUAGUACGAAUCGAAAAUUGUAUACAAAGAAAAGAAAGACAUUGUUAGGGCUAGUGGCGAAUGUCGAUCGACCAAGCUAUAACCCUGCGAACCUUUUACACAACGGCAGUGCAAUAUCAUGCUAGAGAAAUUUUUUCACACGCGUUUGCGCCGGUCAACCGCGACGAUGUUCCUCGACAUUCUUUCUCUCCAUUUCAGUCUGAACGCUUAGCUUUAAUUAAACGAUCGGUAUUAAGUAACAACGAAGCGGUUGCACGCGGUUCGUUUAACGCGGCCGCGCAGCGUUUGUGCUGGCGUUCGCGCGCGCAGUAAUCUUCUUUGUAAAUUAGUAAUCGAUGAAGUCGAAACGUACUCGUCGAUAUUUUACGAUAGCUAUACGAUUCCACCUGAUCUAAACAAUUGUGACAACGUAUUUAUUUAAUAAAAAUCUGUUUUACGGA